AUGUCGGACUUUGUUUCGCCAACGCCUGCAGACACUUCUCUUUAUUUGAGGGAUUUUAUCGAGAAGUUCCCUCUUCCUCAAGUGGUGAAGGUGUAUGAAGGCUAUUAUGACAAACAGCAGAGGUCAACAGUAAGUGCCGAUGCGGUUUACAGGUUGAUAAGUUUGGAAAGCGUCGAAACAGUGUUACUUGAAGAUGCAGAUGGACAGGAGACUCGCAUCCCGAUCGACUACUCAUGUACAGUUGAACGUAUGGCUGAGGAAAAAUUCCAACAGCGACAACUGGGGAUUCCGGAACUUCUUCAUGAACAUAAUUCUGGCGUGAAGUUCGUUCGUGUGAUUGAAAGUGAUCCGAAUUACGAGUCGUUGGUCAAAGUUGGUGAUAAGUUGAAGAUAGACCAGAAAAAGAGAAAAACUGGCGAAACAUUUUUGCCUUUCAAAAACGUUAAUGAUAAAGGGAAAACGCUCUGGAAACUGCCGAUGAGUUGUAAAGUGAAGUUUCUAGCUCUGUUGGAUGGAGAGGGGUUACCACUUGCCAAGUUUGUCAAAAAGAAUAAACUUCCAGCCCAUGUUUUACUCACUGGUGAUAACAGUACAAAAGAGAGCAUCGAUGAAGAUAUACCUUUGCCCACUGGCGUCGUCAAAUUGAAGGGGACCCUAGUCGAGUCGUUUGUAAAGGCAACUACAGAAGACCAAGAUGUGAAGACAGAGCUGUCAUUCCCUAUAAUGUUGCCCAUAAGCGUCAUGGCUGUAGAAAUGGACCGCUCUAAAUCGCCCGGUGCAAAAUUCGAUAGCGACAUCAAUGAAGCUACUGACGAAUAUGAAGACAUGUCAGGAUAUCGAGCAAAAAGCGACUUUAAAUCACCUUGUCUGAAAAUGCCACCUCAAAGAAAUAAGGAGACCAACGACAAGCCUCUGGCUAUAUCAGAGUUCCAAAUGAGUGGAGAAAGGGUACACCAUGGAAAUACGUAUUCGCCACCCCCGUCUAUGAAAGUAGCAAGAAGCAAUAGUCUGUUGGGUCAGGGGAAGCGAAAGAGUUUAUUUCAAAGAACUCUAAGCAACCUGGAACUUAGAACAAACACCACCGAAAGCGACGAGAACAUUUACGACGAUCUGAAUUUUAAUUAUCUCAAUGCAGAAAAACUUACAAGCAGAUCAUUGUCAUCAGUGCCAAGAAGGAAAAGUGACUCGAGUACAGAACAACUGUCGAAACAGAAAUUAAAUAAUUUACUGCAGGUACAAGCUCAAAGCUUGCAAGGUGACGACGUUCAAGGAAAAGUAGAAACAGUUUCAUUACAAAUUCAAAGGAAGUCCCUGGUUUAUAACGAACCUUCAAGGAAGAUGAACACGUUCGGGAGGAAAGGAACAACAGGCGGGGAAACUGAAAGUGUUCGCACUGACGUCAAUGCACUUGAUUCUAUUCUUGAGGACCAGUCAUAUUCUUCGAAUCCUUCACUGUCAUCAAGGUUAGAGGCAAAAAACUCGCCUUUCUAUGGCUCUGAAGAAAUGAAUCUUGAAACAGAGCCAAAAGUCCUACCAGCGUUUCGUGUCCCAAGAAGAUCAAGUGCUGACGUACUUCCUCCUCUUCCUAAACUACAGGAGCCUUGCCCAGUCCCAAGAGAGACAAAGGGAAAACUCAGUCUGACUGCCAAUAAAGUCCAAGUAUUGCCAGUUAACAACAAAGAAAUAAAGGAAAAUCUUCCACAACCAUCCCCAAGACGUGACAAAGUUACAAUUCAGAAUCGAAACCAAAAAAGCCAAUUGCCAUCCAGCGCUGGAAUUGAAAAAGAUACCUGUGUAAAUGAAGGCAUAUUACCAAUUUGUCAGAGUCAAGAUGAUACACCUCCGCCAAUCCCUUCAAGAAACAAACAAAGAGAUGGUAUUUCUUCUCCCGUGAGCUCCCCGACGCUAGACGUUGACGCUCCAAGCAGUAGAGUUGGUCAACCUGUUUCACCCUCUAGGGAGAAGUCCGGUUCAUUCCAUGGCAUAGAACAAGGGAAUCCAACGAUGGUAUCAAGCCCAGAUGGGAAAGCCCCAUCGGUGUCUCUAUCCCCUGUGGCAAAGCCUCGUUCAGUUUCUGCAUCCUUUCUUGAAAAAGGGAACGAAAAAGAAGCCGCGGCAACUUCUCAGCAACUUCAAGGGGCACAAACAAGGCACGUGUCUGGAGAAAACCCACAAACACCUGUCUCGGAAAAAGCGGAGUCCAAGUUUACCAUACCAGAAGAUUUGAGCUCUCUAAGAGUAACUGAGGUUUUGCAAUGCCUUCGGAAAUUGAACAUGCAUCACUUUGAAGAGAUCUUCAAGGAACGACAAGUCGAUGGCAGCAUGCUAGUAUGUUUGGAUGAAGAGGCUCUGGAAUCAUUUGGAAUGGAUCGGUUCUAUCGUUUGAAGCUCUUACGUUUUAUUGCUGGAUGGAGGCCACAGCUUUAG